AUGUCGUCGAAGGGCAAUCAGCACAAAGCCGUGAACGAUCCUGAGGAGAGCGAGUACGAGGUGGAAGAAAUCGUCGACGAGAGAACUAUUGGCAAGAAAGAGACCGAGUUCAAAAUCCGCUGGAAGGGUUAUGGCCCUGGACAAGACUCAUGGGAACCGAGGAGCAAUCUGCUGAGCUGUAAAGACGCACUCAAGGCGUGGGCCAACAAGAAGAAGAGAGCCCAAUCACAGACGCCGAUAGCAAAGAAGCGCAAGAUAUCGGAGUCUAUUUCCGUGUCAUCUAAUGGCGAUCGGUCACUGACGCGGACGCCGUCGUCAGAUAUCCGGCAACAGGCAGUGAGGAAAGUUCCUACUCGCUUGAAUUCACCGGUAGUCAUCAAUCUCACCUCAGACCCAGUAUCGUCAUUGCAUAAGUCGGUUGAAAACAGCAAUUCCGGCCCUCCUCAAAGGCUAAAACUACCACCGACAUCGGUUCCCACGCCCGCAGCCGGAUCCAAUGAGCGUAUAACCGCAGGUGUUGCGACAAUCACUAUAUCUGACGGAUCAGUCGCCUCAGAGGCAUCUUCACAAUGUGGUCCUUCAACUUCACCGCGAACAAGGAGACGGAACGAUAUCCCACCAACUACCACAAUGGCCUACCCCACCUCGCACGGUUUAGUCACCGCCCUGACCGACGCAUCCCCUGGCCACGCCCGGGUGGUCAAGAAAGCAUCCUUGAGUGAACUGCAACAGGCAUUUGAGGCGAAGCUAGCACUGCUUAAGCCCAGAGUCUCCCUUGUCAAUGAGAUCGACGAUAGCGCAGCUGUACCAGAUAAUGUCGAAAAGUUCGAGUUUAUCGAACGGUAUCGAUUUGCGCUUGGGAUCACGGAACCGGAUUCAGGAUUCUCUGCCGGCUGUGAGUGUGGGAUUAAGGAGGGAAAUGUGUUUGGUGGGCAUUGUGAUUUGGACGAUCCGCUUAAGUGUUCUUGUCUACAGGAGAUGGCCGAACCGGAGUUUGCGUAUGACAAGCAUGGAUUGCUGACCAGUACUGACUGUCCGAUAUAUGAGUGCAACGAAAAUUGCGGAUGUGCAUUAACCUGUCCAAACCGCGUAGUUCAACGCGGCCGCCAACUACCACUUGAAAUCUUCAAAACACCGGACAAGGGCUUCGGCCUCCGAUGCCCGCAAAACAUCAAAGCAGGGACAUUUUUAAGCACAUACACCGGAGAAGUCAUUACCAACGGCGAAGCAAAACGACGUGAACCGAUUUACGAAAACAACGGUGCAACGUACCUGUUCGAGCUCGACUUUUUCGAGUCCGAGUUGGAGGAGAGCGGGCAAGAGUGUUAUACUGUCGAUGCACAAUGUUGUGGUGAUCCGACGCGGUUUAUUAAUCACUCUUGUGAUCCGAAUCUUCAGGUCAGGGUAGUGUUGGUACAGAUGGACCAAAGGCUGUAUCACAUUGCGUUCUUUGCAAUACGGGACAUUCCGGCAUAUGAGGAACUUACGUUCGAUUACUCGCCUUCACCGCAUCACCACGAGAUGAGUAGAUCAGCUCCGCAGCGAAGGAGGGGCAGAGGUAGGCGUGCGGUAGCAGGACCGAAGAACUACAAGGCAAAGUUGUCUUGUGAGUGCAAGUCGGCCAAGUGUCGCGGUUACACGUUUUGA